GGGACAAUGCAAGGGGGGGUCCGCAUUGCCUCGGUACGACGGAAAAUGGGCCUUUGAUAUGUACAUUGACAAUGCACAUCUGAUGCAGAGAGGGCGCAUCUACCUAGGUAUUGAGAGCAAUAAUAAUUCAUCUUUCUUCAUUCCUCACAUCUUUCAUAUCAUAGUUUCAAUCUUGGGUUCUCCAUAAUAAACUCAUACUCCUUAUUCUCAAUAGCAGAACCUCGUCAGCAUCACAUAUACAUACCUAUACAAAACAAUCAUGGCAGCUCAACAGUCAGAUAAUGUUGCUCAUGCUCUCUCCGGAGCUGGUGGGGGCAUCCUUUCCAUGGCUCUUACCUAUCCUCUUAUUACGCUUUCUACGCGCGCACAAGUCGAAUCAAAACGCGCUGAUUCGGGAUUCCUUGACGCCGUAAAGCACAUCAUCGAGCGUGAAGGUAUUACAGGUCUUUAUGCUGGACUCGAUUCAGCACUAUUCGGAAUCAGUGUUACAAACUUUGUAUAUUACUACUGGUAUGAAUGGACUCGUUCGGGUUUCGAAAAGGCGGCACUCAAGGCUGGCCGAGCUUCAAAAAAGCUUACAACAAUCGAAUCGAUGAUCGCGGGAGCAAUCGCAGGCUCAGCAACAGUCUUGCUCACAAAUCCUAUUUGGGUAGUCAAUACACGAAUGACGACACGAAAGAGAAACGAGACGGGUGAGAACUUUGUGCCUGGGGCUAAGGCAUCAAAGGCACCUACAACAGUUGGCACAUUGCUUGCACUCAUCAAAGAAGAAGGUCCACAGGCGCUUUUCUCUGGAGUCGUGCCUGCGUUAGUGCUUGUUAUCAACCCUAUAUUACAAUACACAAUUUUCGAACAGUUGAAGAACGCAAUCGAGAAGAAGAAGAGGAUCACCCCAACAAUGGCAUUCCUUCUGGGCGCGUUAGGAAAGCUAUUUGCUACUUCAAUCACAUACCCUUAUAUCACCGUCAAGAGUCGCAUGCACGUUGCCGGGAGGGAUGGAGGAAAAGAAAGUAUGGUUCAAGGUAUGAGACGUAUUUUGAAGGAAGAGGGCUACGCUGGAUUCUACAAAGGAAUUGCACCCAAAGUCUCUCAGAGUGUCAUGACAGCUGCGUUUCUAUUCGCCUUCAAGGACGUGUUGUAUGAACAAACCAUCAGGCUAAGGAGGAACCUUCCUGCCAAAGUGGCCGUGAAGUAAAUGCAGUCUUUGGUUAUCGAGGUAGACCCAUGGUGCUCUUGGAGCAUGGAUCUGAUUGUAAGUUAUGGCUUUUCUGGAAUGUAAAUAUAUAUAUGGUAUUUGGACUGUUUAAGGAAGGGCGUUAGAAUAUACCUGCGUAGGAGAUGGUUUCGGAAUGGAUUGCUCCAAUUGUGAUUAUUAGGAAGGGGUCGCACACAUACAAUUUGAAGUGUCAGACAAUGUUGUUUCUAUAAACCGAAGCAAUCAUAACAGGGCAUGAAAAGUCAUCUAUGGAUAAUAGUAGCAAACCUACCCAAUUUUCAACUUUUAUUAAAAAUGUAGUCAUCUGAUCGCACUUUCAAUGUCUGAUUCAAACUGACAUUGGAUGAUUUAUUAGGCUUGAUCCACUAAUCAUGUGAUCGCGCGAAACGCA